AUGGUCUUCUAUGUACCGUUCUCGCCCCGUUGGCUUAUACUCCGCGAUCGCUACGAAGAAGCGAGAACCGUUCUGGCGAACCUACACGGGGCCGCAGAUAACGAUGAUCUGGUCGGUCGCGAGCUCAUCCAGAUCCGUGAGCAAAUUCUCCUGGAGAGGUCCCAGGGCAACAUGGACUGGAUGACGGCCCUAUGUGCACUGUUUUCCCGAAAGUACGUCCGCCGUACGCUCACAGCCGCAUUUAUUGUCACCAUGGGACAGCUCAGCGGCUCCUCGGUCAUUCAGAACUUUCAGAACAUAUUCUAUGCCACUGUCGGGUUCACUGGUAGAACGGCGCUGCUCAUCAGUGGUGCUUACGGCAUGAUGGGGAUUCUCGGCCAGGUCAUCUACCUCUUCGUCGUCGCAGACCGCUGGCCACGAACACGUACUCUAUGGAGCGGUUCUCUAGUGCUGAGUGCCAUGAUUGCAUUAUGCAUGGCUCUCAGCGCAGUCUAUGGCAAUAAGAGCAAUGACGAUGAGGCAGGAGCGAGGGCGGCCAUCAGCGCCAUCUUCAUCUACUCCAUGUGUUAUGCCAUUUUCUUCAACGCCAUGAUCUGGGUCGUGCCCUCGGAGCUGUUCCCCUUCUUCCUAAGAACCAAGGGUUUGGCAUUUGCCGUUGCUGCCAAGUCUGUUACGGCAAUCGUGCUCUCGCAAGUUACUCCACUGGCUAUUGCGUCCGUUAGCUGGAGGUACUACUCUCUCUUCAUCGCAACUAACUUAGCGGCCGCCGUCUUCUACUUUUUUUUCCUGCCAGAGACUUCCGGCAAGUCCUUGGAGGAGAUUGCGGAGCUGUUCGGAGAUGACCUAGCAACAAACCGCCUGGGCGAGCUAGACGUAGACGCGAAGAAUGGAAUCGGGCCAGAGGCAGAGCUUCAUGAAUUUGCCGAGAGGCGAUCUCAGGCUUGA